AUGUUUGUUGCCAGUUCUGCUCCAAUCCAGAUGUACUACUCGGCGCUCUUGUUUGCACAACAGAAAAGCAACAUACGACGUCAAUUUCAGGAUGAUAUGCCCAAAAAGGUUCUUUAUCCCCCAGCGACAUUGGACAACUGGAUUACCGUGGUAAACCGAGUCAAGAGUGUCGACUUAUGGAAGACUGAAACAGGUGUCGACUUGUUUGAGGUUAAUGGAAGAGAUGCGCAGCUCCAACCAUCAGAAUCUUUCACAUAG